CUUACCAACGGGCGCAACACUCACAGCAACAGCAGCAGCAGCAUCUGGAGGUCACCGUGGGAGAGUGGGGGAAAAGAGAGCAGAGCCAGGGCACAACUUUUCUCAAGGCAAAGCAUGCAGAGCUCCGAAGGAGGGUCAGACACAACGACCAGCGUGGCAACGCUGCGGACGUCAUCAUCAGCCCAGGCUCCUGUGGUACAGCCUGUCCCAGCCUCUCAGCAGAGGGUGCUGGUUCAAGCCACAGGCUCAGCUCAGAAGGGAGGACAAGUACAGCAGCUUUCAGUACCCAGGGUUCAACAGGUUCCUCAGCAGGUUCAACAGGUGCAGCAUGUUUAUCCAUCGCAGGUCCAGUAUGUCGGAGAGAGUGGAGAGGCUGUUUACACCAAUGGAACAAUUCGAGCGGCCUACUCCUACAACCCCGAGGCUCAGUUGUACGGGCAGAGCAGCGGCGGUGCUUACUUUGACUCGCAGGCCGGCGGAGCCCAUGUCACCACGGUGGUCUCCUCUGCCAGCGGUGGGGUGCCCCCUCAUGGCAUGGUGGGCAUCGCCAUGGAUGUGGGCAGCAGCCACAUCAUCUCCAGCGGCAGCACCUACCUAAUCCACGGAGGAAGCAUGGAGGGAAGCCGCAACCACAUAUCACAUUCCUCUCGCUCCUCCUCAGCCAUGCUUGAAAUGGCGAUUGAAAACCUCCAAAAGUCUGAAGGAAUUGCAAGUCACAAAAGCAGCCUGCUCAACAGCCAUCUGCAGUGGCUGCUGGACAACUAUGAGACUGCGGAGGGAGUGAGCCUGCCUCGGUGCUCCCUGUACAACCAUUACCUGCGCCACUGUCAGGAACAGAAACUGGAUCCGGUCAACGCGGCUUCCUUCGGCAAGCUCAUCCGCUCAGUCUUCAUGGGCCUCAGGACCCGCCGCCUCGGCACCAGAGGCAACUCUAAGUAUCAUUACUAUGGCAUCCGGGUGAAGCCAGACUCUCCGCUUAACCGGCUGCAGGAAGACACCCAGUACAUGGCCAUGAGGCAGCAGCCUGUCCAUCAGAAACAGAGGUUCAAACCUCUACAGAAGGUGGACGGUAUGUCCGACAGCUUGUGUGGAAGCUCUCAACACUGUAACAACACUCCAGAGCAGUCGGUGGCUGCUCAGAGCCAACAUCACCAGCAGUACAUAGAUACGUCCCACACCUUACCUCCGUUUCCCACUCCUGACUUGGGCACCCAACCUUUGCCCGAGCGCAUCAACAUGAAUGACAUCAAGAAGCUGCAGACGCUCUACAGAGACCACUGUGAGGCUACUUUGGAUGUGGUGAUGAACCUCCAGUUCCACUACAUUGAGAAACUCUGGCAGACCUUUUGGUAUUCAACACCGCCAUCUAGUGACGGAAGCACCACCAUCCCCAACAGUGAUGAUGACCUGGAAGGUGUGAUCCCCAGAGAGAAGCUGGUCGCUCUGUGUAAAUACGAACCGAUCAGACUAUGGAUGAGGAGCUGUGACCACAUCCUGUACCAGGCUUUGGUGGAGAUCCUCAUCCCUGAUGUGCUGCGACCCGUUCCGAGCACUCUCACUCAGGCCAUCCGUAACUUUGCCAAGAGUCUGGAGGGAUGGCUGACGAACGCCAUGACCAACUUUCCUCAAGAAAUCAUUCGCACCAAGGUGGCGGUGGUAAGUGCGUUUGCGCAGACUCUGAGACGUUACACCAGUCUGAACCAUCUGGCCCAGGCAGCCCGCGCUGUUCUCCAGAACACCUCCCAGAUAAACCAGAUGCUCUCUGACCUGAACCGCGUCGACUUUGCCAACGUUCAGGAGCAGGCAUCGUGGGUGUGUCAGUGUGACGAGAGCGUGGUUCAGCGUCUGGAGCAGGACUUUAAAGUCACCCUGCAGCAGCAGAGCUCUCUAGAUCAGUGGGCGACCUGGCUGGACAACGUGGUCUCUCAGGUCCUGAAACCCCAUCAGGGCAGCCCCAGCUUCCCCAAAGCUGCACGCCAGUUCCUGCUCAAAUGGUCUUUCUACAGCUCCAUGGUGAUUAGAGACCUGACUCUACGCAGUGCAGCUAGUUUUGGCUCCUUCCACCUGAUCCGACUCCUGUAUGAUGAGUACAUGUUUUACCUGGUGGAACACCGUGUGGCUCAGGCCACCGGAGAAACUCCUAUUGCCGUCAUGGGAGAGUUCAGUGAUCUGAGCUCCAUGAUGCCGUCACUAAUGGAAAAAGACGCGUCCUUCUCUGAUGAGAUGAGUGACUUGGGCAGCGAUGCAGACACCUCCAGAGGUCCCACUGAACCAGCCGUUAAGAGAGAGAGGAUUGAAAUGAGCCACCCUCUGCAGGAGAUGUGAGUCCAGUCCACAACAGCGCCGCACACCGCAUCAGCCAGUGUCUCUCCCCGAAAAGAUGACCCUAAUGUGGCUUUCGGGGGCCGAGCACACUGCAUCCCUCUGCAGUCGAUGUGUGCAAUGUACAUAAAGAAGAGAGUAGCAACGUCAGUCCUCCCCUCACUAGCGUUUGUCAAGAUGGUAAUCUUUCUCCCAGGAAGCAAUCUGACGUCUAUUUUU